UAUUACAAGCAAGAAGAAGCAUUAGAAAAUUUACUUCACAGAAUUUGUAAAUAAACAACCAAAAAAUAUAUUUUUUUUUUACAAUUUCACAACUAAAAAUUGUUUAAAAAAAACAACAUGGAAAAACUAGAAGCUUUGAAAAUAUCCUCUAUGAGGCCACGCACCAAUAUCUUAGAUAGACCUUUAUCCAAAGGAAAAUCGGAGGUGUCACAAAGCAUAGUGGCCCUACUAUUCAGUGAAAUAGUGCAAUACAGCCAGAGCAAAGUGCAUACAGUGCCAGAAUUGCAAAAUAGAUUACAUGAAAUGGGCCAAGAUGUGGGUACACGUAUUAUUGAUUUGUAUUUCAUGCGCGAACGUAGUUCUAAAAGAGAAACCAAAUUGACACAAAUGUUGUUGUUUGUUAAAACUACCGUGUGGAAGAAUUUGUUUGGCAAAGAAGCUGAGAAAUUGGAAAAGGUAGAUGAUGAGCGCACCUACUAUAUUAUAGAAAAACAACCUUUGGUAAAUACCUUUAUAAGUGUGCCCAAAGAUAAGGGUACUUUAAAUUGUGCCAAUUUCACUGCUGGUAUAGUGGAAGCUGUGUUAACACAUUGUGGUUUUCCCUGUAAAGUAACCGCCCAUUGGCAUAAUGGCACCACGUAUAUGGUUAAAUUUGAAGAUUUUGUUAUUGCCCGCGACAAACAAUUGGAAGACAAAUAAAACUCUAGUACUAUUAUUGUUUACUAUUAUUAGUAUAUUAUUAAAACAGAAUUAAACUAUACAAUUUCAAUGCA